GACACAGACAUAGACACAGACACAGACACAGACGCAUCCGUAGCCAUUUUGGCUCAAGCCGCUCCUCGGGCGUGCGCGGGCUCGGGCUCGGCGCGUGGGAGGCGCCUCUGGGCGCGGUGGCGACGGUCGGCUGCAUGGCUGCCUGCGAAGCGGCGGAGCGGCCUGGGUGCGAGGCUGGGGGUUCCCUCUGGCCUGCGCGGAGGGCGCGGCGGGCGGCUGCGCAGCAGGCGGCAAGCGGGCGGCUAUCUGCCGCUCUGAGCCGCAUCUCGGUGCUCGAGGCCACCAUUGACGCCUUGCGGGCCCGCGUCGCUGCUGAGGAGGCUCGGCACGUGGCGGCGGCGGCCCAGGCGGUGCGCCUCGCGGAGGAUGAGGGCGACAUCACGGAGCCGAAUGCGGCGCUCGCGGGCGAGCUCGUGGCCAGGAUGGCGCUCGCGGCGCCGAUCCUGGAGGGCGUCCUGGCUGGAGAGCCCGACGGCGCAGGGAAGGCCGUGCGAACUCUGCGCAGAGCGCGGCGUAACACGGGCUUGCACUGCGCGGCCGUGCCAGCCGCCGCCAUCAGGCGGGCGGAGCUGCCGCAGCUCAACCGCUGGCAGCGGCUGGGCGGAAGCAGGCAUGGCGGCAGCAGGCGGAGGCUGGGCAGCAGGCGUGGGUGCCAUGCGGCCGCGCCGCCGCUGCACCGUCGGCAGCCUGAGGCCGAGAGCGAGGAGAGGAAGGACCUGGAGGGCUCGGUGGACUCGGAGUGCGACGAGCUGGAGGAUGCUGGAGGCUCUCGUGAGGGAGCGCCGGGCGGCGGGGCCUUGGGAGGGGAGGCAUGCCACACCGGCGCCGACGUUGGCGGCAGCAGCGAAGAGAAGAAGGAAAGGGAGGACGAGGUGGACUCUGAGUGCGAAGCGCAGGAGGACACUGGAGGCCGUCCUGAGGUUGCGCAGGGCGUCGAGGCCGUGAGUGGGGUCGCCUACCACAUCGGCUCCGACGAAGGCAACAGAUGCGAGGACAGGAAGGACGGGAAGGACGAGGUGAACUCGGAGCGCGGCGUGCUGGAGGAGCGACACUGGAGGCCUUCCUGAGGUUGCGCAGGGCGUCGAGGCCUUGGGUGGGGUGACGUACCACUUCGGCUCCGACGUAGGCAACAGCUGCGUGGACUGGAAGGGCGGGGAGGACGAGGUGGACUCGGAGCGCGGCGUGCUGGAGGACACUGGAUGCCGUCCCGUGUGUGAGCUCGAAGCCCCCCCUGUGGUAGAGGCGAGCGCGUGAGCGAGUACUUGAGGCGGGCAGUUGCAUUCUGUAUGUAUAGCUGUCCCCGCCUGGUGGCGCGGCCGCGGUGGAGGCCCAGUGCGGCCCCGCGGGGAGAGACGGCGCUAGGCGGCCCCUCUCGGGAGGGCGUGUCUCGGGUGGCGCUUGGUGCCCCUGAUGGCCCCUCGGUCCCUUUUUGGACCCCUUGUGGCCGCGGGCCUCGGCGCGUGGGCGCGAUGCUUCUUGCGCCUCGCCUGCCUCGCCGUGCCGCUCGGGGUUGUGCAAGCACGUUUGGGGCGUCGCCCGUCGCGUGCAUGCACGGUUGUAGAUAUCCCAGCGCUUCGCGCUGAUGCCCUUCGACGGGGGUCUGAGCUGACCGGCCGAGCGGGGCCUCGGGGCCGAUGUGCCCUGGUGGCUGCCUUCCGCGGCUCGUUUGGGCUCUCGGGAUCCCUUGUGGCCCGCCCCCUGUCUUGGGAUGGCCCCUGGGGGCUCUGGCCCCUCAGUGGGGCCUGGGCCCCUUUGUGGGCUCUUUUAGCCUUUAUAGGCCCCGCGCUAACAUACGCAGACGCAGACGCAGAGACAGGCACAGACACAGACGCAGACGCAGAGACAGGCAUAUACACAGGCACAGGCACAUACACGUCCGUAGCCAUUUUGGCUCAAGCCAUUCGGCUGAGCUGGCUGCGCCCGGCGCCCCUUCUCCGGGGCUUCCCGCGCCCUGCGCAACUUCGCCCGCCGGCAUGGAGCUGGAGGCACUGUUGUCCAGGUGCCCGGUGGCCGCCGCGGCCUUUGGCGCGGUGGCGGCGGCGCUGUGCGCGCCGAGCGCGCCCGGCCGCCAGGUGGCCAUGGUGGCAGCCUCCGUGGUCCGCGCCGCUGGCACGACGCCCCACGGAGCGCGUGGAGGUGAAGGCGUCCCGGUGUGUGGCGAGGGUGUCACGGCUGCGGCGCACAUCAACAUCCAGGAAGACCUCUUGCUGGCCGCGCAGGCGUCUUUGGGUCUGAAGCAGAAGCCAGGCGUUUCGGACGUCAAGCGCGAGCUUCGGCGGAGAGGAUGCCGCUCCUUAGCCUCGAUGUGCGGUCGGCUCUCGAAGCUGCGGAACACCGAGGCCCACGUGGCGGCGAGCCUCCCGGCGGCGGUGGCGGCUGCGCUGAUGGGCUCGCCUGUGUCGGGCGACCAGCAGCCCGGCUCGGUGGGCCGCUCGGUGCUUGACACGGUGUCCAGCGAGGAGUUUGCGACGGCCUCUGACUCCCAGCACGGUUCCGUGCCGCUGGAGAAGAAGCUGGCGUCGUCCCAGUCGCCUGCCUCGGACUUCCUGCGCGACCCCGAGAGGCAGGAGGUAAAGUUGGAUGAGAUCAAGUUGCUGGUCUCGGACGAGCAGUUCGUCAAGAGCGGCUGCGCCGCGCCUACCGCUGCCUGCUUGGGUGGGCGCAUGGGCGGGGCCAAGUUCCCAGUUGGGGCCGAGGCGCCGACGGAGGCCGCGCCGCCCAUGAAGCAGGCCUCAGCUAUGGGAACCGCCGCGUACGACGAGGAUGAGUUCCGCGAGGCGACCGCGGGCCUCAGCGAGCGCCAGUCCUUAGUCCUGGCCGUCGUCGACGGCGUCGUGGAGGGCAAUGCCGAUGUGUCCCUGUCUGAAGUCCUCGGGCUGCUGGACGGCAUGGGAGUGCCUCAUGUGCCCCAGGGACCUCGUCUUGUCAGGGGCCGUGUCGCCCUCCUGCGGAAGCGUCGGGCCCUUCUGAGGUGCUCGUCUGAAUGAUUGCAGUUGAUAUGUUCGUCUUGCGAGGCCUUCUGUUCUGUGCAGUCUGCGCCCGCACGAGGUGAAGUGUCACGCAGUGAUUCCCUCCUGUAUAUGCAUGGGUACGUGCCAGGCCGCCUCUCGUUGGUUUGCGCGGAUCCAUCUUGCAGUCGAGAAUGUUGUCUUUAUGUUUCAGCCUCCUGCUCUGCAUUCUGUGUACAUGCAGGAGUUGCCCCGAGUCGGAGGUUGAGGGUUUGACGUGUCGAGCGUGCUCUCGGGGCCGAUGUGCCCUGGAGGUGUUGGUUCCGACGUCGUCGAUGCUCUCUGGGCCGAAGCGCCCCCUUCGUGUCUUGGGAAGGCCCCCGUGGGCCGUGGCUUCUCAGUGAGGCCUUGGCCCGCAGUAGGCUUCUUUUGCCUUUUACAGGCCCCGCGUCAACAGACACAGACACGUAUGCACGUGCACAUGCACAAACACA